CGUAUGAAGCACGAGAUGUAGAUGCUUGAAUUCCCUUGUUAUAAUUCUUGACAACUAUCCUAUUUCAGAAGGUCUUGUUCAUGGGCCACAGCUGGCUCAGACCGCCUUGAUCUCGGCGUGGUUAGCAUUCUACGGCCACCAACGGUACGCGCCAUAAAUUUGACUUAUUUUGUCAACAAAUGCCACGUUGGUCCUCCACGGAGAUGAGCAACAAUCCGCCGUCAUUAAUUAUCGGUGGCAAUGCCCGUUGAACGCGACGCGUCGUUAGGUGACGUAGUACUGCGUCGUCGAUUGGCGCGUUCUGUGUUGCGUCAUUGUGAGAUGGGAAUAAAGAAGACAAAAAGGAACGCAAACUGAUAUUGCGUUGACUUAAUGAGUAUCAGUUUCAUCGUGCUCGUAGGCUUGAUUUAUUUGUUGGCGUACACGUAGGUAUUAUUGACGCAAUCGAAAUGACGCGUCGAAUAUAGGCAGCGUCGCGACGCCUCACCGCAAUCAGAAAGUCAUAUUUCAAAAUAUAUGAAAAGUUAAUAGAAGUAGUAUUAGUAGUAUAAUUACGGGCCCGUUUCAUACUAGACGUCAUUCCAAAUGCUGCCACGUGUAAAGUCUUUAUAUGCAGUAAGCCCAUUUUUGUAUAUACAAGUAAUGUACACUAUUUUUUUUUAUUGCGAACAAUAGCCACUUCUUUCAACAAAUAAUUGUUGACAGCUGGUCAUAAUCAGCAGUCCCCCUGUAAGGAGAAUCCCAAAUACGCCAAUGGAGUUUCUCUGCAGCUCAGAUGCUGUUUUGUUUCACUAAUCUAUUCGAAAACAAGAGUUUUAAAAAACUUUUCUCACUCAAUAUCACCAGAGAUUUGUGGAGCACAUGAUGUAAGAAUAAUUACGAAAAGUACACUAAUUAUCUGAGAAAGGCGAUACUGCUUGACAAAAACGCAACAAGAUCUAAAAUUAAGCAUGACCCUAACAGAAGAAAUAUAAACAUAGAUAGAAUAUAAAGAGGAAACAACACAUAACGUAAUUUGUGCGUUAUGCAUUUUGCAUUUAUGUUGUUGUUGUUUCUUUUUACACCUGACGUGUCAGAAGACCGCACCGAUGUCUGCCGCAGCUCUCCGUCAGGAAAAUGACGUCUAGAUUUCACAACCCAUCAGUACAUCAUAUCUCCCUUUCUCGUUGCUAUAGUUUACAACCUAUACGUCUCUUUCAUGCUAUAUCAUCAUAUCAUUUUACACUUGAUCAAAAGGAUAUCCGCUUUUGUUUUUAAUUUCACGCUUCACUGAGCACCGAUGUACACAAGCUCCUUCAAAACCCAUGACGAAUUCGUCAAAUAUACUGGUACUUUUCCGCAGAACACAGUCUGUCACGUCGCUUCCUCCCUAAUUACACGACGUUUGCAUGUUUGAUAAUAACGUUCUCUUCGUGUUUUGUUUUUGGUUGCCAUUUUGGGGCACGGACACCUGUUGACAUAUGUAUUGAUCAUCAACGUGGAUUCUUCUACUAAACGCCCAUUAUUGAUUUUGUCGGUUACGUGUAAUUUACAAGUCUGUGUUUAUUUCCGAAUUCUGCUAAUCAUCGACAGUGUCAAUUACAAUAUUGCAUCUACGCAGUCUCUCUGACACAUAUUCGUAAUAACAGUGCUUGUUUAGUGAGCUGUUCAGUUACUUGACCAAUGUUGGGAAGGCAGUAAAUUUCGGAGAAGUGUCGUCAUGGACUGAUCGUGCUGAAGUUCAAUCCCACUUUUUAAGGAAAAGGGUUGAUGAGACAGUUUUGCCAUGAUUGUUAGGGUGCAACAAUAGGAGACUGUAUUUCAUAGAUCGGCUUAUUUUUCUACGCCACUAAAACGCACUUGUAAUUGAUGCCUUGUCCGCCACCCGCCACCACCACGCUAAGCAGCACCCCCAACAUCGGGGUCUCACCUGCCUGCACCGCUGCUGUUACCAGCAUUGUCCCCGGGCUGCCCUUGUCCCUGCAGCCCCCACUCCCAUCGGCGGAGCUCCUCCUGCAGUACCGUAGGAUGGAACAGCCCAUGGGGCCACCGACUCAAAUACCGCCUUCGCCAUCACACCACUCGACUGGUCCGGUCCCGCCUGGUCAAGGACCCCUGGCGAGCCCAACCGUCCCGUUAUGGAACUCGAGUGGUGUUGCUUACCCAGACUGGGCCUACAAACCAGAGUCGAGUCCCGGCAGCCGUCAGAUCCAGCUCUGGCACUUCAUCCUCGAGCUCCUGCAGAAGGAGGAGUACCGUGACGUGAUCGCCUGGCAGGGCGACUACGGCGAGUUCCUCAUCAAGGACCCGGACGAGCUUGCCCGGCACUGGGGCAUGCGGAAGUGCAAGCCCCACAUGAACUACGAUAAACUCAGCCGCGCUCUGAGAUAUUACUAUAACAAGCGGAUCUUGAACAAAACCAAGGGCAAGCGCUUCACCUACAAAUUCAACUUCAGCAAGCUGAUUCUAGUGAACUACCCGGGAACCGACCUCAAAUAUGUGCCUCCGUUCAUCCCGCAAUCUCGGGGUGGAAUCGGCUCCUCCUCGGAAGACCCGAACAUGGACGAAGAGCCGAGCACACCUUCGCAUCUGACGAAGGAAGGCGGAUCGUGCAGCGACUCGGGCGAGUCACUGGACGGCGACGAGAAGCAAGGCAGCCGCCGGCACCGCUCCCAUAGCCUCGGGGAUACGGAUCCGACGUCGACCAUGACCGUGCACCCUCCUACGCCUACACAUCAUGCCUUGCCGCCGGGUUUCAGCGAACAUCAGCAGAGACUAGCCGGUCUGAUGAGCCCUAAUCUACGACAUAACUACAGUGGACCUGCCUUCCAGAUGAUGCGGCCAGCAUCCAUCUUCUCCCACUCUCUACCGGCCAGUCCUUGCUAUUUAUCACCGCUACCCAGCCCAUCGUCAACCAUGAGCCCGCUCCUAUCGGCACCCGGUCACCCGCAUGGUCCACCGAGGUUUACCUACACGCCGGCAGAGAUACAACGCGCUCACCAGGAGGCCCAAACCCAGGCAGCGCUGGCCCGGUUAGAGCACGAGCGCGUCGCCCAGCUCCGUGUGGCUGACGCCCAUGCUCGGGCCUUCCCUCUUUCUGUGCCUGCAUCGCCGGGGACGCUUUGGCGCACGCAUACCGAGAACGAGAUGCGCAUCAGGAAUCUGGAGCUGACCGCGGCCGAGAAGCUGCAGCGACAGGAGGAACAGAAGCGACAGGAAGAACAGAAGCGACAUGAGGAACAGAAACGGCAAGAACAUAAUCGGCAAGAGCUGAAUCGGCAGGAGCUGAAACGACAAGAGCAGGUACGGCAAGAGCAGCAACGACAAGAGUUGCAGCGGCAAGAGCUGGAACAAAGGUUAGAGACUCAGAGAUUACAGAAGUCCCCCGAAAAGGAACAGUCGAUACGAAUCCCAGAGAGACCGUUGCAGUCCGAACUAUACUUGCGUAGAAUGACUGAGAAGAAACAGGCUAGCGAGCGUCGCAUCCCACCAGCUAUCACCAUAGAUGACAGAAACGUCACCAACUCUAUAAACGUUCGGAAAACACCCGAACCAGCGCCGUGUACGAUUACUAGCCCACCGGAAGAGCGGUGCGAACGCGAGAAGCCGCGUCGGAAGACACCCCCGCCGCCUCUCAAAGUUGACUCCAAACAACUCCUCUUUGAUAUCAAGCCGCCCAGCAGCGCUCCGCCUAUCAACGACAGGCUGGACGCUCGACGCUUUGGACCUGGGUUCAGGGGAAGUCCGGGUCCCCCUCGUAGGGUCAUUGUCCACACCAGUAACGAGAGCCGCUCUGAGGAGGAUCUCCUAGAUACCGACGAUAAUAACUCGAACUGCAAUCUAGAUUCAGUUCCAAUCAAACUCCGCUUCAAACGCAAAUGGAACCGCGAAAGCGCACGCACGCCUUCUUUUGCAGACAACAACGACACCAAAUCUCCCAAGAUCUUCUUUGACUCCAGCCCUUCCUCGCGCUCCUUGCCUUGUACCCCAACUCAACGACAGAUGGGGACAUUUUUCCAGUUCCCGAGCCCGAUGGAGACACAGACUGAACACGAGCCCUCUACGAUGCAACCACCCAAAAUCAAGGAGAAGGAUUCCUUGCGUCGUUUCAGAGACUACUACUUUGAAACCAACCAUGGCACAAAGGACAGUAGCAAAUCAUUACAGGAGCCGGAGAAGCGGCCGAAGGAACGCGUCUUAAGUAUAGAAUCCAUCAUAGCGAAAACGGAACCACUGCGCCCAGUACCCAAUAUGCGAAGCUCCAGUAGUGCACCUAGUAUCGCCACCACCAGCAGUAGCAGCACCAGCACUAGCAGCAUUAGCAGCAGCAUCAGCAGCAGCACGAGCAUCACUGAACCUGACAAAAGUGAAACUGAUGUUGAGAAACCCGCAACCGCUUCCCAAUAAUAAUUAUAAGAGCGUGUAUAGUUAUGCCUUAUAUAUUUGUAGACAGGCAGUUAUGCGUAUUUAAAUUUGUGUCCAGCAGAGAGUGCUUUAUACUCGGUAUCUUCCCUUUAAAUUAGUAGCAUAUUGUGAUGUUUCUGCGUCUUUUUUGUUCAAAAUUUGCAAAGGGAGUAGGCAAUCAUGUCCCCAAUCUCUCCCUCGUCAUAGUGUUUAAUCGACCUUCGUACAGAAGUGAACGUUUCCCAUGUGAUAUACGGAGGACAGAUGUUCGUUUCAAAAUCUCUAAUUGUAAACUAGUAGUGUAGUCCAUAUUUUGUUUUGUUUGUUUAUUUGCUUUUUAUUUAUCACGUAACCGCACACUAUACCCGGUGUUCCUGAUGAAAGAAAAUCCAAGAUUACCGGUCCAUAGCUCAAUAAUUUCCAAUUAUUCCUUGGUUAGUGUAUAUAUCAUAAGACACCUCCGUUCUCUUCUUCCACACGACACCAAACACGUGAUCAAGAAGUCACGCAUGAUGAAUUUCAGACAGCCCGAAAUGGCAGUUUCCGAAACCCAAUUGUCCAAAAUAAAUGGAUGACCAUUACGUUUGCGUCACUAAUUUGAAAUUUCUUAAUGACAUCCAAAAUAAAACAUAUUAAAAUAUCCGAUCAUGAGCACCACUUUUUUUAAUUUCCCAGAUAUUGUUGUAGCCGGGUCGAAUAGUGUGUCGAUGUGUUAGGUUCAAUGCUGGAAAAGUAGCGAGCAGUACCGAUUUCAUUUUUUACGGCGUUUUAAAAUGUUCUGAAAAUCGUAACUUGGCAGCGUCUUUUACUGCUUUAUCUUGACUUCAAAAUGGCCUUUUCAUGUUUAAUAUUUCCUCCUUUUCUCCCUCUUCUAUCUCUGUCUCUUAAUUUCCGAUUGUCUAUAUUCCACUGACACUAUUUCUGCUUCUUUCCUUUCCUUUGUUAACUUAUGCGCUUUGUUUUAUCUAGCCAUCUAAGUUGUUUUGUUCAAAUAUGGCUUUCCAUGCCAAAGACUGUCUGUCAACGCUUCGUUUUACUCUAACUUAAUAUGGUGUUAUGUAAAUUAUGUAUGGUAUUUAUGCCUUUCAUUCUAAUGUUUUUCUUCGUCUUUUGAAAACGUAACUCAAAAUGGCUGAUCACUACGAAAAUUGAACAGGGUCCGAGUGGGCAGACUAGAGUCUUGAGAACAUAAUGAUGUUUAGAAAAAGAUUAGAAAUAAUUAGUUCUGAAGUAAACCACUCGAUUUUGGGUGACUUAUAAAUUAUAUUGUUAAAUAUAGAACAGCGAGCUGAAAUCUUUCAAAAUGUUUGGGAUGGGCGUAGGCUCGGUGUAGACUUUUUUCUUCUGUUUAAUUGCCGAAUCAUUGAACACUUUUUAUAUAUGUGAUGUUUAUGAAUUAUGUUCUAUUUUUAUCGCACUAUACGAGACAAUUAUUUUAUGACUUGAAGUUGAUUCAAGGUUUGAUACAUAUCAUACGCUUCCGUCUUGAAAUGGUAACUAUUUUGUGUAACGUUUUAUGAAUACUUUUUUGUGCAUUUUAAAGGAAAAAUGAUAUCUAAUUUUGUUCUGUCUCUGCACACGUACAAUAGGGUUUGUUAAGUAUGCAGGUGUGUCGACGUUUAUAGAUGUUUUGAACGUUGUACCCGUCGCAUAUAGGAGGCGCCAUUUCAAUUGCGUCUUUUCUAUUGCGUCAAUUAUAUUGCGUCAUUUCGAUUGCGUCAUUUUCAAGUACGUCAUUACCUGCGCUAAUUAAGCAUCUGAAGCCACUAGCGCAUGCGCCAGCAUUUCACGGCAGAUUUGCACUCUUCAUUUUGCAUUCACUUUUAAUGUGACGUCACUCUAACACGUCGCGUCAUAGACUGCGCCAUUCACCGACGCAACCCUACGUCAGCAAAAUGACACCUCGUGUGCAACAGUCAUUAGUAGAUAUGUUAGUGUUUUAUUACCAUUAAUGUUAUUAUCAGUCAUUUAUUUAUUUCUUUUUAAAGUGUAAAUCGGAAACGUUUGGCGCUGGCGUCCUCUUUAAAAAAAUACACUCGGGAAACGGUGUGGUGUGUUCGUUUGUAUUUUCAUCUUUCUUUCAAGAAAAACGUUUAGCCAUGCUAUUCGCUGCGACUCCUUUGUAUUUAUAAUAAGUAGAUCAUAUUUUAGAUGACAUUAUUAUAAUAUGUCUUGAAAGUAAACGCUCCUUGUCGCUUCCCGCUGUACGUGAUGCGUUCACUAUUUGAAUAUAGCAACCACGUUUGUGCCGAUAUUCACGGGGUAAAGUUGUGUGAUGUAUAGCUUAUGUAAAGUCAAAACGUCGUGCACUGACUGUAAGUAAUGUGUAUACGUAAAUUGACAUGUUAUUUAUAUGUACAUGUAUGUGUAUACGUAACGAGGUUAAGUACGGUUUCUCUUUUUUGUUCGAAAGCGGAUCGUCGUUCGACUUCUUAUUUUUUACUCUUUUCAGCGCAUUUUCAAUCGAAUUCGAUGAUUCGGGAGUUGGAAAUCCUUCAUUCAUUAUGUCCAAUAUGCUGCUUUCAUUUUGUUUUGAAUGUUGUUGUCAGCAUUCCAAAGUGUGAUUGUAUGGUAACCAUUAGCAACCCCUCAGCAUCCAUGCAGUUUCCUGUUUCCAUGGUAACAGCCUGUAGAAUGACUGAUUGCGUCUUUGCCCUAAAUCUAGAAUCCUCAUUAUUCUUGCCCUUCUACCUUUUUUUCCCUUCAUUUUUCGCUGUUUAAAGAGAGAGUUGAGCCCUGGGAAGAGUGAACAAAAAUAACCUUUUCAUUCGAUUUUUUUAAUGUAAGGGUGGAAGAGUAUCAUGGAAAAAAGAUGACUCUUUAAAUGCCAACAAAUUCGAAAAAUAAAUAUUAUAAAUGUAAUAUUAUUUUUAUUGUUCAAAUAAAAGCAUGGACCUAACUUUCAUGCCACAUGUUUGUGUAGUCCCAUAUACACGAUUGUGUGUACAGUGCAAUUGACUUUUUGCCAGACUUGGCCAAUUUCAUAUCUUUAAUUGGUUGAUGAUUCCAAAACCUCACUGUAUACACCAAUACUAUUGUGCCUACGUGAUGAACCUUUCCAAAUUGCAUGACCAGAACUCAACUUGAUCUUUAAUUUGAUGUGAACUUCCGUCUUUCCUUAACAUCGACCGUCGUCUGCUUGCUUUCCGGUUAUGUCUUUUUUUCUUUUUUUCUCUUCCGUAUUUUGCUUUCUUUCCUUCUUUCUCAUCUCUCUCUCUCUUCUUUAUGCUCGUUUCCUCAUCGAUAUAUAUUCCCCUCUGAUCAUCUUCCCCGUUUAAAUCGUAUUUCUUCCUCGUCUUCGUCUUUCCGCUUUACAUUCUUAAUCUUCUCUUCUUCUUUCUCUCCGAUCUACUACAUUGCACCUGAUAAACAAUUCAGAGUAUGCUAAUUUCGGGUCUUCUUAUUCUUCUUCUUCUUUCUCUUUCUCUUUCUCUUGUUUUUUCUUCUUCUUGACUGUCGUACAUUUCGUCUUCCUUUCCUUUCUUUUCAUCCCGCGUUUUUUCUUUCUUCGUCUCCUGUCAAAAAAAAAAAUUCUGCCCUCAGAUGCUUUCCUUCUCAUUACAUUUUCUUCUUUCUAGCUGUUUCUCAUUCUUUUCUUUCUCUAUCCUAACACUUCUCCUCCUCUUCCUCCUCUCCCUCUCCCUUUCCCUUUGCCAUUUGUAAUGCUAACCAUCUUCUCUCUUUGUCAUGAGUCUAUUUCUUUCUUUUCUCCUCGUUCUCUCAUUGAUAUUUGCCCAGGGGUUUGUGGUAUUGGUGCCACACACUAAAACUAAAACGAUUCGAAUAUUUCGAUGAUUAAACUACAACAAUACGUCAAAUUAUUGAUCAUAAUUAUUAAUGUAAAGAAAAGACAAACCAAAAUAGAAAUAAACGCAACCAGAGGCCUGCGAAAUUAUGAUUUUGUUUUGUUUUCUUCUUCUUUCAGACGAAAAAAUAGGAAAUUAGAUUGCAUUUCGCUUUCGGGUCCUGCUUUGUAGUUAUUCUACGUAUAUAGAUCAUACGAAUUCGUAUUUUGAUGAGACUUUCACAUUCUCUCAUCGCGUAGAACAUAAUGUGCCGCAUACUGAAAAAAACAUUGAUUGCAUUUAAUUAAAACUAUUUAUUGUUAUGCGUGAUUUAAAUCUACCAUAUAAAUGGCAAAAUACCAAGAUCAUGUGGAUAUUAAAAUAAUAUUAAUCAUUUUUAUUUGAAAUACUCGAUUUUAAGAAAACGAUGUCAAAUUUGACCUUAAAAUCAGUGAUAUUGAAUGUGCAUAUCACCACUAUGACGGUUAAAUAAUGUUCAUUUGUGAUUUUAAGUCAUCGAUUUUUACUUCAUGCCGAAACUCGUUAAAAAUCUUAUGGCCAUUAAUUUAGGCAGAUGAUUGUUCAAAACAUGAUUUUAUUAAUGUCUUCUUCAUACGUGACAAUAACAAUCAAUUAUGUAGCUGCAGCGUAUAUUUGAUCACUUGACUUGUACACGCCGUAAUAUUUUAAUUUUCUUUCAUAUUUUGUAGCAAAUGCUUGCUUUAUUAUGGAGGAAAAACAGAUGUAAAAUGCGAUAUUUUUAUUAAAAAGAAUGUUUCUCUUUUUCGGUAAGUUUUGUGUACAGUAUGUUCUCAUUUUUUAGUCACAGAUAAUCUUAUUUUGUGUAUGGAAUUAUAUUGUACAUCUUUAACACGUGUAAAUGAUAUCGCCGAUGACUAAGUACAAAAUAUUGUUUAUUAAAUUGCAAUGACACUUUGGUAAACAAAAA